AUGACUGCAUCCACAACUAAACUGCGGGAGAUCUACAAGCAGCAAGGCUUCCUGUCCGUGCUGCCUGUGUUGAAGGAGACUGAGCUGAUUGAAGCCAAGCAUGCCUUUUCUGAGCUGGAGAAGGAAUUGGGAGAGGAGUAUACCCAGUACAGCCUCCACAAUGUUCACCUUCAGUAUCCAUGGGUGAGGGGCCUAACCAAACACCCUCAAAUCAUACAAGUGGUCAAAGCCAUCCUGGGUCCUGACGUCAUCCUGCUGGACUCCCGCUUCAUCUGUAAAUAUCCAACACUCAAACCUGACAUCCAGAAGACUGAAGAAGGGGAAAUCAAACCUGGUAUUCCAUAUGUGGCCUGGCACCAGGAUAUGAGGUAUUGGGGUAUUGCUGGUGGUCCUGUUCUCUCUGUGUGGCUCGCUUUAGACGACUCGCUGCAAGAGAACGGCGCCCUUCAGGUCAUCCCAGGUAGCCACUGUGCUGGCAUGUUGCCCCAUCGCCAAGCUACUCGCCCUGGAAACAUGCUGUCAGUCAAUCAGGAGAUCCCAGAGCAGCUGGUGCAGGCUGAUGAAGCUGUGUUUUGCCCUCUCCUAGCUGGGCAGAUGUCGAUUCAUGAUGGACUCCUUGUCCAUGCCAGUGAUGCCAACACUUCCCAGAGGAGGCGCUGUGGGUUUGUGAUCCGUUAUGUUUCUACCUGUGCAUAUCCCAUUCAGGAUCCUGAUCGUCCCAGGAAAUUUGCUGCAGCUGUGUUGGCCUGUGGAACGGAUCUGUUCAAUCAUUUCUCCAACAAAACCACAUGA